UCCUCUCUCUAUCUCUCUCAAAACACCUUCUUCUCUGUGAAAAAUUCCGAUUCCAAAAUCAUUUUUUUGGGUUUCUCUCCAUUAAUCUCUUCACCAGCAAUAACCCCAAACGACAAAGACAUAUAUAUUUUUAUUUCAGUGUAAAAGGAAGUGAAGGGUAAGUGAAGAAAAGAGUGUAGGUGGUGGUAGUAGUAGUAGUAGUCAUACUUCUCCUGCCAUGUCGAAUUCAGAUGGUACCGGAGGCGCUACGAACGGAGCCUUAAUGGACUCUCAGAGACAGCAAACGGCGCCGUCCACCAAUGGUUCGGUCCCAGUUAAGAAGCCGCCCACCAAGGACCGUCACAGCAAAGUCGAUGGCCGUGGGAGGAGGAUCAGGAUGCCCAUCAUUUGUGCCGCUCGUGUCUUCCAGUUGACUCGCGAGUUGGGUCAUAAAUCCGACGGUCAAACCAUCGAGUGGCUCUUGCGUCAGGCCGAACCUUCUAUCAUAGCCGCCACCGGCACCGGGACCACCCCCGCCAGCUACUCCUCCGUCUCGGUUUCCAUUCGCGGCGGGGCUAAUUCCGCUUCCUUGUCGUCGACAACUUCUAAGCCUCUGCUGGGUCCCACUCCUUUUAUACUCGGGAAGCUCAGGCCCGACGACGAUAACGCCGGGAAGGACGAUUCUAGUGAGCUCACCGUUGGACCAGGCGGCGUGGGGUCCAUCGUGGGGCCCACGGGUUCGCAUACGGGUGGGUUCUGGGCUCUUCCGACGAGGCACGACUUUGGUCAAAUGUGGAGCUUCGCGCCGCCACCGCCGGAAAUGAUGGUGCAGACGGCUGCUCAGCAACCUGCUGCCGCUGCCGCUGCGUUGUUCGUUCAGCAACAGCAAGCUAUGGGAGAAGCGUCGGCAGCGAGGGUCGGCAAUUAUCUUCCCGGUCAUCUAAAUUUACUAGCCUCACUUUCCGGAGCUCCGGGAGGAUCGAGUCGGAGAGAGGAGGAUCCGCGUUGAAUUCCGGUGGUUCGUUUUACCCGUAUUCGUGUUGGGAGUAUAUAUAUGUUAUAAAUAUUUGUGUAUGGUUGUCGCUUUUGUUGUGUGUGAAUGUUGAAGAUGAUUUCUGGAAUGAUGAAUGUGAUUCAAGUUAGGGUUUUAGAGCAUUCUCGAUUGUUGUAGGGUUUCGAGGGAUUAUGUUGAAGGAGAGGGAGAGUCAAGAAUUAGGGUUUCGGUGUUUGUAAUUUCGCCACCGGCUGCCUGCUGAAUUUGGGGAUUUGUUUUGCGGUUAGUCAAGUUUGCUAAUAAAAAAUUCAUGAGAAUGAUUUUGUGCAACGAGGAGGUUUUUUU